AUGAACGCCUGGCUCGUCGGCAUCUGGCUCUGGCUCCCUCUGCUCUUCACCUGGCUCAGCCCCGAGGUCAGCUCCUCAUGGUGGUACAUGAGAGCUACGAGUGGCUCCUCCAGGGUGAUGUGUGACAACGUGCCAGGCCUGGUGAGCCACCAACGGCAGCUGUGCCACCGACACCCGGAUGUGAUGCGUGCCAUUGGCCUGGGCGUGACUGAGUGGACGAUGGAGUGCCAGCACCAGUUCCGCCAGCACCGCUGGAACUGCAACACCCUGGACAGGGAUCACAGCCUCUUCGGCAGGGUCCUGCUCCGAAGUAGCCGGGAAUCUGCAUUUGUUUACGCCAUCUCUUCAGCUGGAGUUGUAUUUGCCAUCACCAGGGCCUGUAGCCAAGGAGAAUUAAAAUCCUGUUCCUGUGACCCAAAGAAGAAGGGAACCGCCAAGGACAACAAGGGCACUUUUGACUGGGGUGGCUGCAGUGAUAACAUUGACUAUGGGAUCAAGUUUGCCCGAGCGUUUGUGGACGCCAAGGAAAGGAAAGGCAAGGAUGCCAGAGCCCUGAUGAAUCUUCACAACAACCGAGCCGGCAGGAAGGCUGUAAAGAGGUUCUUGAAACAGGAGUGCAAGUGUCAUGGUGUGAGCGGUUCAUGUACCCUGAGGACCUGCUGGCUGGCCAUGGCUGACUUCAGGAAAACAGGCAAUUAUCUCUGGAGGAAGUACAAUGGGGCCAUCCAAGUUGUCAUGAACCAGGAUGGCACUGGUUUCACUGUGGCUAACAAGAGGUUUAAAAAGCCAACGAAAAAUGACCUCGUGUAUUUUGAGAAUUCUCCAGACUACUGUAUCAGGGACCGAGAUGCAGGCUCCCUGGGUACAGCGGGCCGUGUGUGCAACCUGACUUCCCGGGGCAUGGACAGCUGCGAAGUCAUGUGCUGUGGCAGAGGCUACGAUACCUCCCACAUCACCCGGAAGACCAAGUGCGAGUGUAAGUUCCACUGGUGCUGUGCCGUGCGCUGCCAGGACUGCGUGGAGGCCCUGGACGUGCACACGUGCAAGGCCCCGAAGAGCCCCGACUGGGCGGCUCCAACAUGA